CAUAGGUCAAACAGAAGAACUAGGUAAUGUGCCUGUGCAUGAAGUGUACAGAAUGUCAAGUUUGACUUGUCUUGUCAUAGGGAAAGAUGUAUAUAAAACAAAGCAGGUGCAAUAUUGCGAACGAAAACUGAGGAAUUUUUAUUGUGACGGCACAAGUAACAGCAUUAUAUUCCGAUUGCAUAACACAUAUUUACAAUGGCUUUGUCAUGAGUUGUCAGAUCCUCUAGAUAAAACCCGCUUCAGAGUGAUAUCAAGAAAACAUAACGACGAUGCAUACACUACGUUUGCUAAUUCAGAAAUCCUUAAUAACCAUGAUAACGCUACACCAACAACUGGUAUACAAAUUGAAGUGUCAGGUGACGGUAACAUGGAUUUAUCUAUAGGAAUAAUUGUUGGUUCAGCUGUUUUCCUAGGAACUAUUAUUGUUUUUCUCUUAUUUAUGUAA